AUGGAAGGCGGAUGGUCAAAGUCAAUUCUGGUGGCUAUCGCUGCAUUUGCCUCGACCUCAAUUGCUUCCCCCGCUGAGGUCAAAUGUACUCAUGACACUGUCCCGAUGCAGGCUCACCUUGCCUAUUCAGGAGAUCGUGGCAUGACUGUUAGCUGGAACACUUACUCAAGGCUGCACCACCCAUAUGUUCGCUACGGCCGUCAUCCUAAUGCUCUUUGGCAGUGGGCCGAAUCGGACGUUUCGGUCACGUAUCCCACAUCAACUACCUACAACAACCAUGUCAAGAUCACUGAUCUCGAGCCAAACACUAUGUAUUAUUAUCAAGUGCAGUGUGGAAACUCUAGUCAGAUCUAUACCAUGAAGACAGCUCGCGUUCCUGGCGACAAGUCCCCCUUCACCAUCGCAGUUGGCGGCGAUAUGGGGUUGAUGGGCCCCGAGGGACUUACCACCACUACUGGUCCCAACGGGGGCAACGCACCCUUAGGUCCCAACGACAACAAUACAAUCCAGUCUCUGCAAUCCAUGAAGUCGGAAUGGGAGUUCUAUUGGCAUCCUGGCGACAUUGCCUACGCUGAUUACUGGCUGAAAGAGGAAGCCCAAGGCUUUCUUCCUAAUUUUACAGUCAGCGAUGGUCCAGCUCUCUAUGAGUCCCUGUUGAACCAGUACUACGAUGAAAUGACUGCCUUGACUGCCGAUAGGCCCUACAUGGUUGGACCUGGUAACCACGACUCAAAUUGUGACAAUGGCGGUACAACAGCAAAUGGCGUCUCUUACAACGUCAGCAUUUGUCCUAUGGGCCAAACAAACUUUACUGGGUUCCGCAACCAUUAUCGCAUGCCCAGCGAUGUGUCGGGGGGUGUCGGGAACUUCUGGUACUCCUUUGACCAUGGCAUGACACAUUUCAUUCAAUUGAACACCGAGACUGAUAUCGGCCAUGGAUUCGUUGGCCCUGACGAGCCCGGGUCCUCGGAAGGUAUGAACUCUGGGCCGUUCGGAUCUUACCCAAACGAGCAGAUCGAUUGGCUUAAAAAGGAUCUGGAGAGUGUGGACCGUGAGAAAACACCUUGGGUCAUUGCUGCUGUGCAUCGCCCUUGGUAUGUGAGUGCCAAGAACAGCAGUUCCACCGUCUGUACCGAGUGCAAAGAUGUGUUCGAGCCUCUUCUCGUUAAGCACAACGUUGACCUCGUAAUUCAAGCCCACACUCACUUUUACGAGCGCAACCAGCCUUUGAACGAUUAUGUCAUUGACCCUGCCGGUCUUGAUAAUCCCACAUCACCGUGGUACAUUACGACUGCCGCCCCUGGUCACUACGAUGGAUUGGAUAACUAUCUUUCACCUUUGAAGCCUUAUGCUGUAUACGCUGAGGAUACUGCCUACGGCUGGAGCAAGAUCACAUUCCACAACUGUACUCACAUGACUCAUGACUUCGUGUCUAGCAGCAACAAUACCAUUCUGGACACUGCCACCUUGUUCAAGGAUCGCAAGUGUAUAUCAGAACAGAAGGAUCAUGGCUGGUUCUGA